AUGGCAGCAGGAGUAGCAGCAUGGUUGCCCUUUGCCAGGGCAGCGGCCAUAGGAUGGAUGCCAGUGGCCACAGGUCCCAUGCCAGCUGCUCCACGGCAGGAGAGGAAGCGAAGCCAGGACUCCCUGAUUGUGCUGAAUGUAAGUGGCAUCCAGUUCCAGACGUGGCUGGACACCUUAGAGCGCUACCCUGACACCCUGUUGGGCAGUUCAGAGCGGGACUUCUUUUACCACCCUGAGACACAGCAGUACUUUUUUGAUCGGGACCCUGACAUUUUCCGCCAUAUUCUCAACUUCUACCGUACUGGGAAGCUUCAUUAUCCCCGCCAGGAGUGCAUCUCUGCUUAUGAUGAGGAGCUGGCCUUCUUUGGCAUCAUCCCUGAAAUCAUUGGCGACUGCUGUUAUGAGGAGUACAAGGAUCGCCGGCGUGAGAAUGCUGAGCGCCUGCAGGAUGAUGCCGAUCAGGAUCAUGCAGCUGAGAGCUCCCUGCCCUCAAUGACAGCUCGGCAGAGGAUGUGGCGGGCCUUUGAAAAUCCCCACACCAGUACACUGGCUCUGGUCUUCUACUAUGUCACUGGUUUCUUCAUUGCUGUCUCUGUUAUUGCCAAUGUGGUGGAAACAGUGCCCUGUGGGGUAAGCCCGGGUCGCAUCAAGGAGCUGCCCUGUGGAGAGCGCUAUGCCGUGGCUUUCUUCUGUCUGGAUACCGCCUGUGUCAUGAUCUUCACAGUUGAAUAUCUCCUACGCCUGCUGGCGGCCCCUAGUCGCUACAAAUUCGUGCGCAGUGUCAUGAGUAUCAUUGAUGUGGUAGCCAUCAUGCCAUAUUACAUUGGCCUGGUGAUGACAGAUAAUGAAGAUGUCAGUGGGGCUUUUGUGACACUAAGAGUCUUUCGUGUCUUCAGGAUCUUUAAGUUUUCCCGCCACUCGCAGGGGCUGCGUAUCCUGGGCUAUACCCUCAAAAGCUGCGCCUCGGAGUUAGGCUUCCUCCUCUUCUCACUCACUAUGGCCAUCAUCAUCUUUGCCACAGUCAUGUACUAUGCAGAGAAAGGUUCAUCAGCCAGCAAGUUCACCAGCAUCCCUGCAGCCUUCUGGUACACCAUUGUCACCAUGACAACACUGGGGUAUGGUGACAUGGUGCCGAAGACAAUAGCUGGCAAGAUUUUUGGUUCAAUAUGCUCCCUGAGUGGGGUCUUAGUCAUUGCUCUGCCAGUCCCUGUCAUUGUCUCCAACUUCAGCCGUAUCUACCACCAGAACCAACGUGCAGACAAGCGCAGGGCACAAAAGAAAGCCAGACUUGCUCGAAUUCGUGCUGCAAAGAGUGGGAGUGCUAAUGCCUACAUGCAGAGCAAACGAAAUGGCUUACUGAGUAACCAGCUGCAGCAGUCCUCCAGUGAAGAAGAACAGGCCUUUGUUAGCAAAUCUGGCUCUUCCUUUGAAACACAGCACCACCACCUGCUUCACUGCCUGGAAAAAACUACGAAUCACGAGUUUGUGGAUGAACAAGUCUAUGAAGAGAGCUGCAUGGAGGUUUCUACAGUCAAUAGACCCCCAAGCCACAGCCCCUCUCUCUCAUCUCAACAAGGUGUCACCAGCACUUGCUGCUCACGAAGACAUAAAAAGACUUACCGCAUCCCAAACACCACCAUUGCUGGCAGCCGUCAAGGCAGUGUACAAGAGCUCAGCACCAUCCAGAUCAGAUGUGUGGAGAGGACACCUCUGUCUAACAGCCGAUCCAGCUUAAAUGCCAAAGUGGAAGAGUGUGUUAAACUAAACUGCGAGCAGCCUUACGUCACUACAGCAAUAAUUAGCAUCCCAACACCUCCAGUCACCACACCUGAAGGAGAUGACAGGCCAGAGUCUCCCGAAUAUUCAGGAGGAAACAUUGUCAGAGUAUCUGCUUUGUAA